CGAGGAGGCGGGAGGCGUGUGCCGUGCUGUUUCAGCGGCCCGGAAGGGGAACUGCGCGCUUGAGGUGACCAGGGACUGAGCAUUUCAGAUCUGCUUGGUAAACCUGGUGCACCACCAUGCUGGCCGCAAGACUUGUGUGUCUCCGGACACUACCUUCCAGGGUUUUCCACCCAGCUUUCACCAAGGCCUCCCCUGUUGUGAAGAAUUCCAUCACGAAGAAUCAAUGGCUCUUAACACCCAGAAGGGAAUAUGCAACCAAGACAAGAAUUGGGAUUCGGCGUGGAAAAACUAGCCAAGAGCUCGAGGCAGCGUUGGAACCAUCAUUGGAAAAAAUAUUUAAAAUCGAUCAGAUGGGAAGAUGGUUUAUUGCUGGAGGGGCUGCUGUUGGUCUUGGAGCUUUGUGCUACUAUGGCUUGGGAAUGUCUAAUGAGAUUGGAGCUAUUGAAAAAGCUGUAAUUUGGCCACAGUAUGUGAAGGAUAAAAUUCAUUCCACCUAUAUGUACUUAGCAGGAAGUAUUGGCAUAACAGCUUUGUCUGCCCUGGCAGUGAGCAGAACUCCAGCUCUCAUGAACUUCAUGAUGAGAGGCUCUUGGGUGACAAUUGGUGCAACCUUUGCAGCCAUGAUUGGAGCUGGAAUGCUGGUACAGUCAAUAUCCUAUGACCAGAGCCCAGGCCCAAAGCAUCUUGCUUGGUUACUACAUUCUGGUGUGAUGGGUGCAGUGGUGGCACCUCUGACGAUAUUGGGGGGGCCUCUUCUCGUCAGAGCUGCAUGGUACACAGCUGGCAUUGUAGGAGGCCUCUCCACCGUGGCCAUGUGUGCGCCCAGUGAGAAGUUUUUGAACAUGGGAGCACCCCUGGGCGUGGGCCUGGGUGUCGUCUUCGUGUCCUCACUAGGAUCUAUGUUUCUUCCACCUACCACUGUGGCUGGUGCCACUCUGUACUCAGUGGCAAUUUAUGGUGGCUUAGUUCUUUUCAGCAUGUUUCUUCUGUAUGAUACACAGAAAGUAAUCAAGCGUGCAGAAGUAGUACCAGUGUAUGGAGUUCAAAAAUAUGAUCCCAUCAAUUCGAUGCUGGGAAUCUACAUGGAUACAUUAAACAUAUUUAUGCGAGUUGCCACUAUUCCGGCAACUGGAGGCAAAAGAAAGAAGUGAAGUGACUCAGUUUCUGACUUCCUUCAUUCAUCAGAUAUCUGGCUUGUUUAAUAGGGGCAGAUAUUCUUUAAAUAGUUUGUGCAAGCAGCUUUCAUUGAAGUUUAGAAGAUAAGAACUUGUCAACAUGUUUCAAGUGUUCCAGUAAUGUGAUGCUUCAGGUCUGCUUUUUCUUCUGGAGAAUAAAUUCAGUAGUCUCUUCCAAAUAGCA